AUGAGAAUUCAACAAGAAGAAAAAGAACAUUCUACAAUGCCUACACCACAGAGUGAGCUUCAAUCUCAACAUGAUGUGCUUGAAGAAAUGUCUUCAGAUGAUAGUAUGAAGAGUUUAGAAGAUUCAGAUGAAAGUUAUAUUCCUCCAAAAGGUAUACAUUUGGAACAGGAACAACAGAGAAAUAUCACCUUACGUCCUCGUCGUCAUAAUAAGUUAGAAGCUAAUUUCACAGAGUUGGAAAUACCUAACACUUAUGUAGAAGAAAUGAAUAGCCCAAAUUCUCAACAAUGGAAGAAAGCUGUGGUUGAAGAGCUUCAGUCACACGAAGAAAAUCAAACUUGGUGGUCUUCAAAGAAGGAAAAGACCUACAAGUCAAACCCGUUAAAAAACAGUCCCAAUUUUAAGAGAGAAUCUCUCUUCUCUCUUAAAAUUGAGAAGAAAUAUUAG